UUUUAAAAGUAAAGAAUGUCCACCUCUAUUAUCAGUCUACGCCCAGAACAAAAGAACUUGACGCUUACCGUCAAGGUCGUCGAUGCUACAACUGUGAUGAGCCGGCAACGAGGGCCCAAAGCGCCCGCUGUGAAAGUAGCAGAAUGCCUUGUGGCUGACAGCACAGGAGUCAUCGUAUUUGUGGCGCGAAAUGAGCAAGUGGACGUGGCACAAAAGGGAGCAACGAUCACCUUGAAAGGAGCAAAAGUGGACAUGUUCCGUGGAUCAAUGCGGCUCUCUGUGGAGGGCGGGCAGGUGGAGGCCGGAGGUGAUCUACAAGGGCCAGUUAACACGUCAAAUAACAUGUCCCUUCUGGAGUUUGAGCUCGUCACCGUUGGGGCUUAGGCGGAGGUGGAAGGUCCGAGUAGCAAGCCUGUGGUUCGAGCUUGAGGGUAGCCAUCCUGUGAGGGAGCAUCAGCGUAUGCAACUGAUGCAGUGUCCUGAUGGUGACUGGGAAGGUUGCUGGGGUGACCGCUUGGAUCGUAACCACCCCAGGAACAAGCCCCUGACCCGAGGAACAAGGCGCGUGUUCCGAGCACUAGUAUGGGAGUGAGGGAACGAGUGGCAAGUACUAGACCUUGCGUACUCGUCACGUUUAGAAUAAGGGCGAUGCCGUGGGAUAAUCUGUAUGGAAAGAGUAUCCCGUCUGAACUACGACUGGAUUGCACUUGAGAGGUUACGGCAGCAAUCCUCUGACUGCUGUUUUGCCAUGAGAGCUUCCGUUUUGCAUUUGGCGCGGUCUGCCAGCUGCGGAGAGUUCGUCUUGGAAACCAUGAAGUAGUUUUCGUUACCAAGGAGGCUUUUGAUGGGACUCCUGUCCCGCCCUGCAAAGGGAGCUGAAGAUGCACUGCUAUGAAGUUGGUUGCCGCAUCGACCAACAUAAUGCCCUUCAUGCCUUAAGCAUAUCAGGACACAGUUGUUAGUGGAGGUCUCCGUGGGUCGUUUGACGGAUUUGAUUGGCUCUUUCCGAGGCCACCGAAAUGACAAUGCUGUAUCGGUUUUGACGGUGUUAAACCAGUGGCGGAAUAUGCCUCUUCUAAUCUUGUAUCAUUUCUGUUUCGGA